AUGAACUUUGGCCGGGGCCGCUCGGUGGUGUUGAACGUGGGGGGCACCCGCUACUCCUUCUCCCGCGAGGUGCUGAAGGACUUCCCGCUGCGGCGGGUGAGCCGGCUGCACGGCUGCCUCUCGGAGCAGGACGUGCUGGAGGUGUGCGACGACUACGACCAGGAGCGCAACGAGUUCUUCUUCGACCGCCACUCGGAGGCCUUCGGCUUCAUCCUGCUGUACGUGCGGCACGGCCACCUGCGCUUCGCGCCGCACAUGUGCGAGCUCUCCUUCUACAACGAGAUGAUCUACUGGGGGCUCGAGUGCUCGCACCUGGACUACUGCUGCCAGCGCCGCCUGGACGACCGCAUGUCCGACACCUACACCUUCUACUCGGCCGACGAGCCCCCCGCCGGCGACGGCGGCGAGGACACGCGGCCCCCGGCCGAGCCCCCGCCUGCAGCCGAGGGCAGGAAGUGGCUGGAGAGGAUGAGGCGGACUUUCGAGGAGCCCACCUCGUCCGUGGCCGCCCAGAUCCUGGCCACGGUCUCCAUCCUCUUCGUCAUCGUGUCCAUGGUGGUGCUGUGCGCCAGCACCCUGCCCGAGUGGCGGGCGGCGGAGAACCGCAGCGUGGAGGAGCAGAGCAGGUACACAGCAGACUCAGUGAGGGAGCCCUCCGGGAUCAUUGAAGCUAUCUGCAUAGGCUGGUUCACUGCAGAGUGCAUUGUGAGGUUCAUCAUCUCCAAAAACAAGUGUGAGUUUGUCAAGAGGCCCCUGAACAUCAUUGAUUUGCUGGCAAUCACUCCGUACUACAUCUCUGUGCUCAUGACAGUUUUCACAGGGGAAAAUUCUCAGCUCCAAAGGGCUGGAGUCACUCUGAGGGUUCUUAGAAUGAUGAGAAUUUUUUGGGUGAUUAAACUUGCCCGUCACUUCAUUGGUCUUCAAACACUUGGUCUGACUCUGAAGCGUUGUUACAGAGAGAUGGUGAUGCUUCUUGUCUUUAUUUGUGUUGCUAUGGCAAUUUUUAGUGCACUUUCACAACUCCUUGAAAAUGGGCUGGACUUGGGAACAAAGAAUAAGGAUUUUUCCAGCAUCCCUGCUGCCUGUUGGUGGGUAAUAAUCUCGAUGACCACGGUUGGUUAUGGUGACAUGUGCCCCAUCACUGUACCUGGAAGGAUUCUUGGUGGAAUUUGUGUGGUUAGUGGGAUUGUUUUAUUAGCAUUGCCUAUUACUUUCAUCUAUCAUAGCUUUGUGCAAUGUUAUCAUGAGGUCAAGUUCCGAUCUGCUAGGUACAGCAGAAGCCUCUCUGCUGAAUUCUUAAAUUAAUGAGUGCUCCUGCUUUUUGUAAUAGUACUUGCUAAGCUUUGGUGGAAGAGGUGAUGGUUGCUCCCUGUGUACACCCAUCUUGCUGGAUGAUCUAAGGAACAGCAUUGUCAUCAGCCUUGAAGGAUGUCAGUCACCAUUCUCAUCUAAAGGAUGACUACCUGCUUUGGGCCCCAUGGUAGGGAGUGUGGAUGGGGAUGUUGAGAUCUGAGAGGAAGAAAAUGGUAGCUUCUAGAACAACAAUGGGACUGGAAAGUUCUCAAGACCUCAUGGGGGCUGGACUUCUCUCUACCUAUCCAGACAACUACACACACAAAUCAUGGGCUUGGUACCAAGAGAGAUGAAGACCUGCAACUCAGUGGGAGUUGCAGGUACUCACUACUCCUCAUACUGAUAUCCCAGAGCCUUCCAAGGAAAAUAUAACAGAUGUCAUUCAAAUAUUUAAAAUCUAAAGGUCCCUUGGAGGAGUAGAGACCUUGUUGACAUGAAGCCUGCUCCAGAAGAGUUGAGGGCAUUGGAGCAGAAUUGCUGCUACUUUUAAUUCCUCCAAGUCAUGCAGCAGAUGGAAUAAUCUGAUCUUACAACUGAAGGAAGAGGAAAAAAAAUAUAAAUACACAAGGCAGAGAGAGUCUCACAGCCCAAUUCUGAUCUCAGUGAAAGCAACAGUGAGGUCAAUGGAGUUAGUCCAGAUUUUUAUUGGAGGAACCAAGAGGAGUGUAUGUCCCUCUCUAUGUUGUGGCAUAUGCUUAACCACAACUGCCAUUUCUCUGGGCGUAAGAUCUAUAGUAGCAACUAAUGUCAUACUUUAUAAAGAUCAGAGUAAAAUUCAGUUGUCGAUAAUACGAUCAAUAUAUCAACUGCUAGCUCGAUGGGAGGCAGAUAUCCAAAUUUGACUCAUGUGCUCAGCUAAACUCCAUCAACAUGAAGACAUUUACCUAUAAGCCUUGAUUUCCUGCCACCCCAUUUUAUUAACCAUAAUCACCUCAGAGUGAAAUAGUAUUCCAAGGAACAUGAUAUGAGUCUGUCACUUGAGAGGUUCAAAAACUUUCUAGACAAAGCACUAGAAAACAGGAGAACAAUCCUGCAAUGUCGGGGCUGGGACAGAUGUCCAGGUGGGUCUUUUUCCAUCUCCAAAUUCUAUGAUGAUUCUUAUUGAAGGAUCUGUUAUGAAUUGAUAUAGUAAAUUUAAAUUUUAACAACUGUAAAACAGCCCAGGUGAUACUGAAAAGUAGCAUUUUAGCUGGAUGGAACCUGUGCUUGGCACAAAGUAAUAUAUUCUCCCCUGCAAAUAUGGAAUUAAGAUGAAUGAAGUUAAGUUCUCAUGUUUCAUACACUACAUUUCUUGUGUAGUACUGCUUAGUAGCACUAUUAAAUAUGACUUUGAAAAGCUGCCAUGUGCUGUUAAACAUUCAAACAAAUUUAGGCACAGCUAAACCAGUACUGUUUACCACCCACCAUUAACAGGAAACAUUUUUAUUAACCAGAAUCACCAGUCUAUUUGAAUUUGGUAUGCUUGCCUGAAAGUCAUUGUAAAAUGUUUACUGUGUUUGUAUUGUAGAACACCUUUGGAUGUUUUGUGUACAUUUGUCUGCUUUAGAAAUCGAGUGACUGGGACCUAGCAACAGAAGUCUUUGGUACUAAUCACUCAAACUAAAAAUAUUAGGUGGGGUAUAUAACUAGUACUUGAAGGCCAUAUGCUGAAAAAGAAAUAUGCUGCCAUUUUUGCUGCUCAAGACCUAAGAAAAGUUAUGGAUCAUGUUAAGUGGCAUGCUGUUGUUUUUAGGGGAAAGGGAUAUGUACUGAUAAAGCCAGUCAAGGAGAGAAAGGAAAUUGUUUCACUACCAGAAGUUGUAAAGUAACCUGAAAGAAAAGUUGCUCGAUUGCAAUAGCCAUGAGUUUGCAUUUCCCAAAACUAGUUUGCUUAGUUCCUUUUCCUUUUUUCUGCAAUAGUUUCUUGAGGAUAUAUUAUUGUGUAGUGCCACAUCCACACCUUUGAAAUCGCUGUAUCUUGCAGAGAGGUGAAUAUUCCUAGGGAAGGGGGAGAAAUCACUUUUGGGGAGAGAUUCUCAGCUGGUUUAAGCUGGCCAGCUUCCAGUAACUUCAGAGGAUCUAUACCAGUUGACACCAGCUGAGAUUCUGGGCCUUAGCAUAUAUAAUAGAGCUGAUUAGAGAAAAAAAUUCCCCACAAGAAUGAAAGUUAGUUUUUUAUAAAAGAAACUGAAAUUUGAGUUUCAUUUUCCAGCCAUUGAAGACUGAAACAUUUCAG